UGCCCUCACUUACUUCCUCCUCCUUCACCACCUGCCAGGCUCAGCAUCCACUGGGAGCUCCCGCUUCCUCGGCGCUGAAAUCAUGUCCCUGGGUCUCCUGUGGCUGGGCCUCACCCUGCUGGGGGCUCUGCAGAUCCAAGCCCAGAGCUCCACCCCAGACCUGAUCCCGGCCCCACCCCUGCUCAGGAUCCCUCUGCAGCCAGACUUCGAAGACGACCAGUUCCAGGGGAAGUGGUAUGUCCUGGGUGUGGCUGGGAAUGCAGUGACGAAAGAAGAAAAUGGCCAGUUUAAGAUGUACACCACCACCUACGACCUGCAGGAAGAUCACAGCUACAAUGUCACCUCCAUCCUGCUCAGGGACGGGCACUGCUUCCACUGGAUCAGAACUUUUGUCCCAAGUUUCCAGCCUGGCCAGUUCAACUUGGGCAAUAUCAAGGCUUACCCUGGGAUACGGAGCUACACGGUGCGAGUGGCAGCUACCGACUACAAGAGGUAUGCCAUGGUGUAUUUCAAGAAGGUUGCCGACAAGGAGUACUUCAAGACCACCCUCUACGGGAGAAACAAGGAGCUGACCCCUCCACUGAAGGAGACCUUCGUCAACUUUGCCAAAUCUCUGGGCCUCACCGAUGACCACAUCCUCUUUUCUGUCCCAAUUGACCGGUGCAUUGAUGAAGACUGAGCAUGCACUGCCUCCUGUCUCUUGGGCCCCGUAUCCCUCCUGUCGGCCUCUGUCCUUGGCACUGUCCAGCCACCUAUGCCAGCCCUGCCACCAGUGAGAGAGCCAGGAGACCUUCCACACAGCCCUGCACCCCCCAGGCCAGCCUGCCGAUAGAGCCCCCCAUUGCCUGAGAAAUAAACAAACUGCCAAGAGGA